AUGACUGUGCCUCACAGUCCCAUUACCCCUGGGUGGGACGCGGAGUGUCAUGGCAGCGCGUACAUUCUUCCAGCAAGCGCACAAAGAGCAAGCGCCACUGGCCCUAUGCCAGCACAAAUACCCAAUCGACGCAGCCGUGUACUGAACGUUAUCUUUCUGAAUGAAGCGCGUCACGUCAACUGUGAUGCGUCGUGA